CUUUGCGAAAACGCGAUUUCGAUCGAUUCCAUUGAACACUAGACAAGAAGAUCCAUCCUUGGCUGCUGGCACCGCGUGCGCUCCGAUCGUGACAAACAGCACCCUCCUGCGUGAAUAUCCUACGCUAUGUCGCCAGUGGGCAGCACCGUACUUGUCGCCGUACUCCUUUCCGCUUCAUUCCUCAUCCUACUAAUCGUCACCGUCGUCGGGAUCCGAUACCGCUCCUACUUCGCCGAGCCACAACCAGGCCUCGUGCGCACCGCGCCCAUAUCUCUUGAUAUCGCACGCGGUGAUCCGCCUUUGCCGCCACCAUACGAAACGGCGGGCGCGCCUCCGGCGUAUCCGUACGAACUGGAUGCGAAGAUAGAUCUCCCCGUACCGCCAGUCCCGGCUGCGAUGUCCGGAGCUGGCAACGACGACAUCUUACGGAACGCGGUUGAUCGGAUGCGACCAUGGCGGACGAUGGAUACGGGGCCGCGAUGCAUGGUCUGACGAGCAUCGGACGAUGAAGUUGAGCAUAGCGA